CGGCCCUCGGCUGCCCCGCGCCUCGCCGGAGCCCGAGGGGGCGCGGGUCCGGGGCGAGGGCCGGCCGGGCGUGUUUGAUGGCUUCACUGAGAAGAGUCAAAGUGCUGCUGGUGUUGAACUUGAUCGCGGUGGCCGGCUUCGUGCUCUUCCUGGCCAAGUGCCGGCCCAUCGCGGUGCGCAGCGGAGACGCCUUCCACGAGCUCCGGCCGCGCGCCGAGGCGGCCAACCUCAGCGCGCACAGCGCCAGCCCCAUCCAGGACGCCGUCCUGAAGCGCCUCUCGCUGCUGGAGGACAUCGUCUACCGCCAGCUGAAUGGCUUAUCCAAAUCCCUUGGGCUCAUCGAAGGUUAUGGUGGGCGGGGCAAAGGGGGCCUUCCUGCUACCCUGUCCCCGGCUGAAGAGGAGAAAGCCAAGGGCCCCCAUGAGAAGUAUGGCUACAAUUCCUACCUCAGUGAAAAAAUUUCACUGGAUCGUUCCAUUCCGGAUUAUCGUCCUACCAAGUGCAAGGAGCUGAAGUACGCCAAGGAGCUGCCCCAGAUCUCCAUCAUAUUUAUCUUCGUGAACGAGGCCCUGUCGGUGAUCUUGCGGUCCGUGCACAGUGCUGUCAAUCACACACCGACACACCUGCUGAAGGAAAUCAUCCUGGUGGACGACAACAGUGACGAAGAGGAGCUGAAGGCCCCCUUGGAGGAGUACGUUCACAAGCGCUACCCUGGGCUGGUGAAGGUGGUGCGCAACCAAAAAAGAGAGGGCCUGAUCCGAGCUCGCAUCGAGGGCUGGAAAGUGGCCACUGGCCAGGUCACUGGCUUCUUUGAUGCCCACGUGGAAUUCACUGCUGGCUGGGCCGAGCCAGUUCUGUCCCGAAUCCAAGAGAACCGGAAGCGAGUGAUCCUCCCGUCCAUCGACAACAUCAAACAGGACACCUUUGAGGUGCAGCGGUACGAGAACUCGGCCCAUGGCUACAGCUGGGAGCUGUGGUGCAUGUACAUCAGCCCCCCAAAAGACUGGUGGGACGCCGGAGACCCUUCUCUCCCCAUCAGGACUCCAGCCAUGAUUGGCUGCUCCUUUGUGGUCAACAGGAAGUUUUUUGGUGAAAUCGGUCUUCUCGACCCUGGAAUGGAUGUGUAUGGGGGAGAAAAUAUCGAACUUGGAAUCAAGGUGUGGCUCUGCGGGGGCAGCAUGGAGGUCCUGCCUUGCUCACGAGUGGCCCACAUCGAGCGGAAGAAGAAGCCCUACAACAGCAACAUUGGCUUCUAUACCAAGAGGAAUGCUCUCCGGGUUGCCGAGGUCUGGAUGGAUGAUUACAAGUCCCAUGUGUACAUAGCGUGGAACCUGCCACUGGAGAAUCCAGGAAUUGACAUAGGUGAUGUCUCCGAAAGAAGAGCCUUAAGGAAAAGUUUAAAGUGUAAGAAUUUCCAGUGGUACCUGGACCACGUUUACCCAGAAAUGAGAAGAUACAAUAACACCAUUGCAUACGGGGAGCUUCGAAACAACAAGGCAAAAGACGUCUGCUUGGACCAGGGGCCGCUGGAGAACCACACAGCAAUACUGUACCCGUGCCAUGGCUGGGGACCCCAGCUUGCCCGCUACACCAAGGAGGGCUUCCUGCAUUUGGGAGCCCUGGGGACCACCACGCUCCUCCCUGACACCCGCUGUCUGGUGGACAACUCCAAGAGUCGGCUACCCCAGCUCCUAGACUGUGACAAAGUCAAGAGCAGCCUGUACAAGCGCUGGAAUUUCAUACAGAAUGGAGCCAUCAUGAAUAAAGGCACAGGCCGCUGUCUGGAAGUGGAGAACCGGGGCCUGGCUGGCAUCGACCUCAUCCUCCGCAGCUGCACGGGACAGAGGUGGACAAUUAAGAACUCCAUCAAGUAGCCGGAAGGAGUGGGGGGCCCCCGGAGCCUGGCCCCCAGGACCGGGACCGCCUGUCUUCUGGGCCAGCCAUGCUGGUAGAGAGAUGACUACAGGAAGACAGCAGGUGCUCCUCGGGCCUCCCGGGGCUUCUCCAGGGCAGCACAGGGCCCCAGCUGGAGACUCGGUGUCCGCCUUUGGCAUUCAGCUGCCAUGAGGCCCGUGCUCCCUGGAAAAGCCCAUCCCCCUUCUCUGGAAACCCAGGAGCUGUGUCUUCUGCAGUAUGAAUGUGGACCACAUACCAUGGAGUGAAACCCCCACAUCCUCCUUGUCCUCUUCCCAGCCACUCUCAGGACUGGGACUGGCAGGGGCCCCUCUUCUUUCUCAUCUCUUGGAGCAGCAGCAGCUUCUGAAUGCCACCCCAGCCCUCAACAAAGCAGGGUGGGGGGUGGUGCUCAGGUGCAUCCCAUCUCCCCCCUCCUUGGAGGACACCCUGAGGCCCUGAGACUCUGUUUCCCUCAAGGUUGUUUCUGCCCAGAUGCCCAUUUACAAGGCAGCCUCCAUCCCAAACCUUUCCAUCAGACAUACAGCCCUGGACUUUUCUGGAUCCUCCUCCCUAAGAUGGCCUAGAAGGAAUUAAUGCUUCCAUGGUCACUGGGGCCCUCGGCUCCUAUGUUCCUGGGCCAGCUGCUCUGUCUGUGUCCUCGGGGAGCCAGAGACAGGAAGAGGCUGAGCACAUAGGGAGGUCAUGUCUGUGAGCCCCCACCCCGGGCUGGAGCCAGGCUGGCACAGCUGUGCCCACCCAGGGCCCCGGGAGCCCUGACUCACGGAGGCUGCCACAGGCACCUCCAACUGAAGCCAGCACACCAGGGGGGCCUGGGACCCUGGAGGAUGCUCUGUGUUCAUCUCAUUUCACCCCGUGCUCUGCUGGCUGACAGAGGAGAAGGCAGUCGAUUCCUCUCUGAAGAGUAAUAAUUUUUUUCGAUUGCCCUCUGGUUAGGGUGCACUUAUAAAUCAGAGUUAAUAUAUGAACGCGUGUGCAUGCCUAUGCAUAUGUGAGCCUGUGUGGCGUGCGUGACAGCGUGUGUGCGCGUGCAUAUGUGUGUCUGGGUGUGUGCGUAUGAGUGUGCAAUAGGGCAGAUGUAAAAGUGUGGCCUUGGGCUUGUCGCUUCAUUGUUCACCUGGAUCAGGACAAGGCUGCUGGAAGCUUGGGAGGGGUGGGCCAUGCAUCUCUGGCCAGGAGCACAGUGGCCCAGCCUUGCUCCAUGGGGAGCCCCAGAUGGAAGGCUGUCCCUCUUCCAGCUCCCUCUCGGUCCCUCGUGCUAUCCCCAACAGCCAAGUCCCGCCCAGAACCAAAUCCUGUAGUUGCCCAGUUUGGGGUUCACAGUGUCUCAUUUGGUGGCAUCUUAUUGGUGAUCACCACCCUCUCCCCGCCCCAUCCUCCCUUGUGAAAUAAAUACAUGUGAGCACUUCCCAAAGCAGCCUUGUUUGCUUCUCAGUUCCUCCAGAACCCGGGGCCUGGGGGGAGUUCUGGAACACGGCAGAGGGCUCCCUUGGUUUGAGGGUUUGGUCUUACUGUGAGCAGAAGCCCUCAGAGCAGAGGCGGAGACAAAGCCCACCUGCACUCGGACUCAACUUCCCCCCAAAGCAGGACAGAAUCUGACAUUUGGCACUCACUCACUAACCCCCUGGUGGACCCCAGCUUACGAGGGUCAGGCUGGUGCAGGAAGCUGCAAAGACGAAGAGGGUCGAGGUGAGCUGGCGACGCCACCCCGCUGUGCCCACUUCUGGUGCCACGCUGCCACCGCCACCUCUCAACAUCCCGGAGCCUGGCCCUUUUUCUCACGGGAAUGCGAAUUCCUUACGGAUGCCAGACCUGUCACAGUCGUGGGUAUGGUCAGGGAUCCCCUCAGCUAUGACAGUCCCUCUUCCCUUUGAGGAGGCCAAGAAGGUCAUCUUGUUUGAUGCCACACAACAAGCAGACAUGUGUCUCAAUGGACGUUUCCGCUUUUCUUUUGGGUUCUAUGAGAACCUGGGCCCGUGAGCAUGCUGAUGGAAAAUGCUGCUGUUUGGUAAGAAGGAGCUUGUCAGACGUUAGUAUCAGAGCCUUGCGGCAACCUUGAGGUAAAAAGGCUUAAGGUCUGCAGGUUCCCAGGGGUUCAAGGGAGACGUUGAUGUAAUAGCACAAUGCGAUGCCUUGGGGAGGAGUCCUGCCCUGACUGCACAUUCUGCCUCUGUGUGGGUCUUGAAGUAAAAAUAUAAAGAGGCCAUCAUCCUGUUUUACCAUUUGGUGAGGUUUUGUUCCCAAAUCCUGGUGAGGUACUUAGUGGGCCCCUGGUGGGAUCCUUCAUUCUACAGGAAAUGGAUCAGAUGGCCUCAAACCAGAGUAAGCAGCAAGGCCUGCUCAGUUCUCUAAUGCAGCGGGAGCCCACACCCUCUAGCGCUCCAGCACGCUCACUGCAUCUGGGGCUCCUUUGUACUCCAAGCUGCACCUCUAAAAUACGAAGAGCAGCAAGUAUCCUGGAAAUACUCUUCUUCGGAGUCCCGUGCAGCAGGAUAGGAAGCCCGGGUCUGCUUGUUGAUGCGUGUUGGCGAGUUUGGGGCGGGGAGGAGGCUAGUGGUGUUGGUUCAGAACCAUGGGAGGCUCUCUGUGUUCAUAGAGGCACCUGCUGUCAGCACUCACCUGGGCUACCUCCCAAACGCUCGGGCACCUAGAGAAAGCCGCCAGCGCGUGAGGCCAGCAUCCCAGGACAGUACCCUCUUUGUCCCACAGAGUCCCCGUGGGCCUGAAGGCGGUGGGGGUGGCGGGCCAGAGGCCAAGGCAGAGAAGAGGAAUGAACAAAGUUAAAGGGAGAAAAGAGAAAAGAGAAGCAGGGCCCUGGGGAGCCUUGCAUCUCACUCCUUGGAGGAAUUUGGAAGCUCUUGGGGCCCCGAGUCUCUGCACGGUGGAGAGAGCACCAGGCACGGGCUCUGGGGACAUCGCACAGUCCUUCGAGUUGGCAUCAUCUGUCACUGGGGAUAUCACUCCCAGCCCUUGCAGGGGGGACCCUGCAGAGAGGCUGCCCAAGCUCAGCUCAGCACCCUCUGUCUGCUCAGCCCCUCGCCUGCACCCCCAAUCCCCUGUCUGCCGGCAAUUUCUUUUCUCUCAUUCCCUUCUCUAUUUCUAUGGCAGAAAACAUCACAGAUGGUACUCCUGACACAUGUCCAAGCCUCACUGCCGAUGUCUGAUUCUGUAUGUGUUCUUUCUCACAUGCAUUCCUUAUACUUGUUCAGGUGGCCAGAGAAGGAGAAAUAGGGAAACUGGGAAAGCACAAUUUGGGCCGGAAGCCACCAUCUUAACCCACUCUAGGCCCUUUGGCUUGGUUCUCUGAAGCCAUUACUCUCCAUAUGACAUAGUUUCCUCCAAUUCUUGAAUAGUACCCCAGUUUCCCAAAGGGCUGAAGGCUGAGUGACAGCCCGGCCACCUCCCCCAUGACGCACCCCACUCUGAGGGAAUGGCGUUGGGAGGGCCCUGGAGCCCCAGCAGGAAACCAGGAUGCCCAGGUACGUGGCCUUGGGUUCCAGGUCCUGCUCAUUGCCAGCAUGUCCUCGUGUUUUUAUUUGUUUUUUAUUAAGUUUUAAUUUUAAUUCCAGUGUAGUUAACAAAUAGGGUUAUAUUCAUGCCAGGUGUACACUGUAGUGAUUCAACACUCCCAUACAUCACCGGGUGCUCAUCAUGACAGAUGCGCUCCUUAAUCCCCAUCACCUGUUUCCCCAGUCCCCUCCCCUCCUCUCCGGUAACCAUCUGUUUCUUCUCCAUAGUUAAGAGUCUGUUUUGUGGUUUGCCUGUCUUUCUUUUUUCUGUCUUUGCUCAUUUGUUUCUAAAAUUCCACAUAUGACUAAAAUCAUAUGGUAUUUGUCUUCCUCUGACCAACUUCGCUCAGCGUCAUACUCUUGAGCUCCAUACAGGUCAUUGCAACUGACAAGACUCCAUCUUUUUGACGGCUUAGUAAUAGUCCAUCGUAUAUACGUACCACAUUUCCUUUAGCCAUUCACCUGUGGACGAACACUUAGCUGCUUCCAUAGCGUGGCUAUUAUCAAUAGUGCUGGUGCUAAAAGGCAACCAACCUCCCCUAGCUCCAAAUCAGCAGUUGGGCUGGCAGGUCGUCAGCAGCCAAUCAGUUGCCCUUCUUCUCGCCCAAAUUAUGAAAUCUGAGUCUCUUGGCCACUCUGCUUUCUCACUUAUCAGGUAACUUCCCUAAACCUGUAUGUGGCGAUCCAUUCUGGGCCCCAAACUCCAGAGGCCCUUGUUGUUCCAUUCAACAAUCAUAUUUGAAUACUUAUCCUUUGGUUUAUUUUUCUCCCACUUCUUGGGAGACAGGGAAGGAAGGAAGAAGGAGCUAACACUCACUGAGCACGUGCAUGAUGAGCAUUUUGGUCUUUAGCCUUUAAAGCUUCUAUUUGAAAGAAGAACAUAGAUACAAUAUAUAUGGUUUCCCUACCCUUGGAGCCUGGGCAGCCCUCAAAUGGGGCCUACUCAGCACAGAGCUAUCAACAUAAAUGGGAAUCUUGGUGUAAUUACAGAUUUCGGUGUUCUUGCCUCAAAGAGGCUCCAGCUGUUAGCUCUUGCAAGUGCGGCUCCCAGCCUCAUUUUAUCUGCUGUCUGUUGGUGUGGGCUCCCAACACUGCCUGAGCACAAAGAGCCAAGCUGAGGAGUGAAGAAAGCCAGACAGUGAUCAUUGGUGUUGAUGGUGGCAGGACCCUGAGACUGUCAGACCUGGCCAGUUAUUACCAUCAUCCUUAAUAAACAGAGGCUUCCUAAUACUAAUACCUAAUACAGGGUCAAAAUGUCAUAUCAUUCACUCUUUCAUUGGCUGCCCACCUACCUUAAUCACCUGGUGUCUACUUCAUACACUCUACAGACAGCUUGUCCCAGGGCAGGAAACUCUGCUGGCGAGCCACACAAAGAUCAAACCUCAGUAACCUCAUCCCACUGCCCACUCUCUGGAGCUCAAAAAAUAAGAUUAACUGGCCAUUAAAAUCCAAAAUGUGCCUUAAAGUCAAUGCCCUACCUUGACAUUUUAACGCCACUGGUUUUAACAGAGAGCAAGACACCCUUUGACAGCAGUUUCGUCAGUGGACAGAGUUCGCUUCUGCCACCUGGUGAGGUGGUUAACUUUCUUGGCUAGAGAAGCUGUGUCCCACUUGCCACAGGAUUGGUCACAUAUUGUGGGAAAAUUGUUUAUCGACUAUUUCUUAAGAAAAUUAAUAGACGGAAUCCUUCUGAGAAAAAAACAAUUCUCACGGCCCCUCAGGGUUGACCUCAUUUAUCUUCUAUUGUAGUGUUUCUCAAAUAUGUAUGAACAUAAAAUGGCUUUUGCUCAUAGACCCUUUACUGCUAUAAAAUAAAAAUAAAUUUACAAGUCGAUACAAACAAAUCUACAAAGUCAAUAAAACUUAAGUUAACAUUCA